UUUAAGACUAACUAUUACUUCCUUCAUUCAUAUAUGCUAGGACGGAGCCGACUUAGUUAAGGAAAGUUAAAGUUGGACCAAAGCCCGGAAUCAUCCUGCAAUUUAAAGGGCUAUGUUGGAAUUGAAGGCCGCAUCAAGAAGAUCGAAUCGCUAUUGAGCAUUAAUUCACCGGACGCUUGCAUCACAGUAGGUAUUUGGGGCAUGGGUGGUAUUGGCAAGACCACCCUUGCUGAAACUGUAUUUCACAAACUCUCUUCUAAAUUCGAAGCUUCUUGUUUUGUUAAGAAUGUUAGGGAGAACUCGGAAAAAACAGAUGGACUAGAUCACUUGGAAAAAACACUUCUUAAGGAGAUAUUAAAGGAAGAAGGUCUAUCCAUAGGAUCAACUCGUGUUCAAAAAAGGCUCAGCCGCACAAAGGUCCUCAUUGUUCUUGAUGAUGUGAGUAAUUCAAUGCAAAUGGAAUGUUUAACUGGCGAUCGUCUUCGGUAUGGCAUUGGAAGUAGAAUCAUUAUAACAAGUAGAGAUAGGGGCACACUAAGGCAAACAGUUGAAGAGGGUAAUAUCUACGAGGUUGAGGUAUUAAAACCGGAUGACGCUCUUCAGCUCUUCUGUUCGCAUGCUUUCAAGAAUAACAGAACUCGUAGAAUAGAUUAUCAGGAGUUGGCAGAAAAGGCUAUGCAUUAUGCCAAAGGCGUUCCUUUAGCUCUUACAGUUCUGGGGUCCUUGUUCUUCAAUUGCAAAACCAAAGAAGACUGGGAAGAUGAAUUCAACAAAUUGAAACGAUUUUUCAGUGGAGAUAUCCAGAAAGUGUUGAGAAUAAGUUAUGAUAGAUUAGAAAAAAAUGAGAAGGAGAUAUUUCUGGAUAUAGCAUGUUUUUAUAAAGGGUGGCCUAUGCAUGAGGUAAAACUAAUGUUAGAUGUUCGCGGAUUCUUUGUGACAGCCGGAGUUAGAAUUCUCAUUGAUAUGUCUCUCGUGUCAAUUGGUUCAAAACCGGGAUGGCAAACCAUAGAGAUGCAUGAUUCGCUACAAGAAAUGGGAAGGAGAAUUGUUCAAGAACAAUGUAUUAAAGGAUCCGGUAAAUGGAGUAGUGUUGUAUGUAGAGGUUAUGAAACAAAGAUUUUUGGUGUGACUUUGGCUGUUUAAGACCAAUUCGAAUAAGAAAGCCUUAUGAGAAGAUGUAUGCUAAUUCUUAUGUAAAGGAUAUAGUUAUGGCAUUAAACUGAUAUAAGUUAGGAAACAUAAGUUGUUUUCUACAAGGAUUCUAAUAGGGAGUUCUUAUGCUAUGAUGAGAAGGAUUAUAUGUAUUUGUAUAUAUAGAGUGGCCUCUCCUCUUGCAGGUUUACGCUCUUUUAAAACUAAGUCAUAUUCUUAGUUGGAGCAAUAAGCAUCCUGACAGAGAGAAGAAGAGCUGCUGUGCAUUUAGUAAAACUAUACAGGUCUUCGCUUCAAUAGAACUAGGAACAUUCCAAAAUUAAGAGAAAAAUCAUAUGUUGCGCUACAAGCCGAAGGAAAAAAAGAAUGAAGAAAAAGCGAGAUGCAUAUAUAAAGAAAUGAAAUACAAAAAAUACA